AUGCCUCAGGAUACACCGCUGUUAGCAUGGAUCCCCGAACGUCAAACAUUUCUGGAUGAAACCCUUUGCCUGGAGGGUCGCGGGACUCCAGAAAGUCUUUGUUGUUGUGGUCUUGCUGCCCCCAGUUUUAGAUGUUGUGACUGCUUCGGCACACAGAUGUUUUGCCAUGAGUGCAUACUCCGCAGCCACACAUGGAAUCCUUUACAUAGGAUUGAUAUGUGGAACGACUCGUUUUUUCAGCCCACCUCCCUGAAGAAAAUGGGUCUACAUGUACAGCUAGGUCACACCCCUAGCGAGAAGUGUUAUAAUCCUCAUCCUUCCUCCAGUGAUGACUUUGUUGUCAUUGACGUCCAUGGUGUCCACAAGAUUGCACUGGAUUUCUGUGGGUGUGCAAGCGCUCAAAUUCGUUACAAGCAGCUACUCCGCACACACUGGUAUCCAGCCACCACAUCAGAACCUCGCACUGCGGCAACAUUCACUCUACUGGAACACUUCCACCUUCUGUCAUUCGAGAGCAAGGUUUCUGCCUACAAAUUUUACCACUCACUGGCAAGACGAAACAAUAAUGCUGGCCUAUCUGAUAUAAGGGACCGCUACUCUGCAUUCAUGUGUAUGGUCCAUGAAUGGCGGCAUCUCAGGCAGCUUCGACGUGCAGGAAGAGGGCAUGAUCCUGGUGGCAUCAAUGCCACCACCACUGGCGAAUUGGCUGUGCUGUGCCCAGCGUGUCCCCACCAAGGGAAAAAUUUACCACGAGGCUGGGAGGACGAGCCACUAUCGGUUAGGUGGAAAUACGCAUUAUUUAUUGCGAUUGACGCCAACUUCAGGCUGAAACGCAAGGCAGUGUCGUCGGACAACUUUGUCGAGGAGGCUGCCUACAAGUCAUACCUGGCCCAUCAAGCUGGUGUCAAGCAAGACCGCAGCAUGUGUGUCAGUCACAAUGCCUUCAAUAUGGCAGACACGAAGUCCUUGCAUGGUCUGGCUGCAACAGGUGUUGGUACGGUAGACUGUGCCAGGCAUGACAUGAAGCUCGCCAAUGGUGUUGGAGAUUUACAGAAGGGUGAAAAAUAUAUUAAUAUGGACUACCUCAUGUUCUCAGCACUGUUGGCCUUCACAGUAACCAUGAUCAUCAUCUCAUAUGACAUUGCCUGUCAAUGGCAUAAGAAGCUCUGGACACAUAUGGAAGGCAUGCCAUCAAGGUUGCAUAUCCCUCAUCGCUCGAUGGCCAUCCGAUUUUUCGUCCCAAAGUUUCAUCUGAAGGCGCACAUUGCCAAAUGUCAGAGAAACUUCUCAUUCAACUGGACUAAACAUGUGGGACAAACAGACGGGGAAGCUCCUGAGUGCGGAUGGUCAAAUAUUAAUCGUGUCAUGACGAGUACGAAAGAGAUGGGGCCAGGGUCACAGUGGGAUACUCUUGACGAUCAUUUUGGAGAUUGGAACUGGAAGAAGGUCACAGUGUUAGGAAUAGACCGUACACUACUCCGCAAGAUGGGUGACGCCAUUAAGUGGAAGAGGGAGCAUGGAGAGGCACUAGAAGAACUAGAGAGGACUAUCCAACCUACACUGAUCCUUCAGUGGAAGAGGGAAGUGGAAGCCUGGGAGGAUGACAGCUCUCAGCGCAAUCCUUUCGAAAGUCAUUUUACUUCUAUUACACAGGCUGCUGUUCGUCUGCAGCUCGUUGAGCUCGAAGCUCGCAAACUUCAGGCUGGGACCAACAUGUCUCUGCACACUGACAUUUCUCCAAGCAGGCUAAUUACUAGUGGUAUCGAUCUACAGGAUCAACAACAGCACCUCAAGGUGGACAUCGCCAACACAUCUCUUCACCCUACAGACAACCAGAAGAUUAAUAUGCAGGCACGCAUCACCACCCUUCAACAUCGCAUUGAUGCCUUGGCCCAUAUCCAGGAAUUAUACAUUCCUGUUGCCUUCAAGCUAUGGCUUCCAUCCAAGCUGGAACCAACAGCUGCAUGCGACAAGAGGUUGGCUGCACAUGAAUGGGAGUUACGGCACGCACAGGCACUCGACACUUUCAAUGAAGUCCGUUCUCAUCUCCGCCUUCAAGCUCACAUGUACAUUUACAAGGACAGAAAUGUCCAGGGUCAAGCUGCUUCUACCCGUGCACAGGCCCUCAUUGAUAGUGUGGAGUUGAGGAAGCAGGCUAGUGUCGAGAAGUACCGGCGUGCGCGGAAUGCGCUGUUAGCUCUCAGUCUUCGUCUUGACAAGCCUGGCUGGGAAAUUUUCCUUCCACGGCUCUUGGAUACAGACGUCAGACCUAUGGGCGAUAUGGAGAGACAAGGGACUGGCACCAUCUCGUGGAUCUGGCUAGACUCACGUGCAGAUAAUAGUGUUCGAGUAGAGUGGUGUAAAGUGCGCGCGCGCACAAACUGGUGGUCCAAGGAAGUCAAACUCUUACUCGAGGAGAUGCGAAGGGUCAUAGAAUUCUUGAAGUGGCAGGCAGAGUGGUGGGGUGAACGGGCUAGUGCUCGAGUGCUGGAGUCUACAGCUGAACAGGAGGGAGUCACUGCGUAUGCUUGUCGUCAGGCUGCACUGCGUCUAUCUCUUGUUGCCUCCUUUCAGCACCUGUGGACCUUGAACAUUCCGAUGGACAGCGAGGAUGUCCCACCUACCAUUGAUGCAUGGCCGCAGUUACACAAUGAUUUGUAA